AUGAAUCUCGCAAUUACACCGCGGCAAACUGCGAAGAAUAGGGUGACGACACUGGGUGCGAAUUCGUCCAACCGCGCAACGCUUCUCGCCGCCCCGUCAUCGCGCGUACGCAAGGCAAAGCCGGCAAAGUCACUAAAACCAGACGAGUAUGCCAAGGCUGUAGAAGGCUACGCCGCUCUGCCUAAUGGCGCUGGACAAAACUACAUCGCGCUGGCCAAGUUCCUCGCCGAAGAGUUGAGGUCGAUAGACUAUCAUCUCACCCCAAGCUCAUCCCGGGACGACUUUGUAGUUCUGUACCCUCUCGACGUCGAAGACGACCACCACCCUUCGCUCGGUGCCGCUUCAUCGUUACCGACGCCGCAGCACAAACCCUCUGACUCUGACCCUGAUCCCGAUUCCGCGGAUGAUAGAAGCAGACGCCAUGUCCCGCGGAAGCCCAUGACGUUUUCCGAGCCCAACGGCUUCUUCUCUAUCACUGAGCGGCAGAAUGGCGAGCCGCAAAGCUGCAUCGUCUUCAUGCGCGGCUUCAUGUCUGCGGCAUGGAUCAACAGCGUCGGCGCCCGCUACGUCGUGGAUCCCGAGUUCUUCUGUCGCCAUCUGGACUUUAGGCCACCCGAUGACAACUCGAACAACUUCUCCAUCCCAGCGCUGCCUUCUUCUUCGUGGUACCUGAUCGAGCUGCCCGUCAUGACCAUCGGGACCCGGAUGGCAGCGAGAGGGCCCCUACGGCUCGAUAGGCUGGCAGAUCUACGGAGGCAGGGGGUUGAAGCGUUGACGGACCAUCGCUACGAAAUCUCUAAGUUGUCGUCGACCAAGAUGACGGUGGGCGAGUCGAUGGUGCGCAACUUCUACGUCUUUGACGAAAUGCACUUUGCCGUGGAACAGCGGAUUUCUAUUUGCAUGCAGCCGGCUAACAAUGGAAAGACGUUCAGCUUAAUCGUCUGGCUCGACUCUGGCGCUCCCAUCCCCAGCCGUCCGUCUGUGCCUUGGUCCGUCCGACAGCACGAGUCUUACUACCUACCAGUCAUUCUACACAGGCACAUGGUCGCACUCAAGUUCCAUCUCUUCGCGUCUGCCGACUCAGGCGACGAUGCUCAUGCGCGGUCCGCCUCCAGCCUCCCGGCCGACUACGGCCGCUCUCUGCGCCCUAGCAUCAUGGCCCGCGACGCACUGUACAGCCUAACCGAGGUCUUCGACUUUGCGGCAAGCUCGCAGAUGGAGUUCUUGAACCUCAUUGACGUCAAGCUCGACAAGUACACGUCGCUGCCGGCGGAAGAGGACUUCCAAAUCCUUCCGAACCUCACAUAUAUGAAGCAGACGCUGUACCAGUACAUUCAGAAGACGCAGCGUACCCUCGACAGCAUCAGGAGCGCGCAGCAGGGCAAAUGGCCAACGGAACAAACCGACUCUGGGAGCAGGAAGGCCAAGUCGGUUGCACAGAACCUCGAGCAGGACUUCCAGCACCUCCUCAACCGCGCCGACAGGCUCCAUCGCCGCUCCACCGAGGCCAUCACCGUGCUCAUGUCGAGCCUGUCCAUCUCUAAGUCGCAAAUGGCCAUCGUGCAGGCCCAGCGCGUGGGGAAGCUGACGUUUCUUGCCUUCAUCUUUGUGCCGCUUUCCUUCACGACCAGCUUCUUUGGGAUGAACGUGGCUGAGCUGGCGGAUAAUACCACAGGGCUCAAAACGUGGGGGGUGCUGUCUGCGUCGCUAACCGUGGCCAUUAUUGCACUUUUCUUCAUGGAUGUAGUGGGAUACGCGCGGCGCAUUUGGGCAGCUUGUAAAGAGCUUUGGGUCAGAAUGUCUCAGUGGACAAUCUAG